AUGUGCAUCUACUUCACUGACCUGAACAAAGCUUGCCAAAAGAACAGCUUCCCACUACCUUGUAUCGAUUUGAUCAUGGAUUUGAUAGCAGGACACCUGCUCCUUAGCUUCAUGGAUGCAUACUCCGUGUACAACCGAAUCUGGAUGAGCCUGGAUGACGAAGAAAAGAUAGCCUUCUUCACAUAUCGAGGACUCUAUUACUAUAAGGACAUGUCGUUUGGCAUAAAGAAUGCUGGCACUACUAACCAGCUACUGGUUAAUCGGAUGUUCAAGCAACAAAUCAGCCGGAACAUGGAGGUAUAUGUAUAUGACCUACUAGUCAAAAGUAAGAAAGCCGAGCAAUACUUGACGGACCUUCAUGAAGCCUUCAUAGUUCUCCGGCAGUAUCAAAUGAUGCUAAACCCAUCGAAGUGUGCAUUUGAAGUGGAGUUAGGGAAAUUCUUGGGCUUUAUGAUCUCUGAGUAA